UCGCCAAACCAAACAAGUUUAUGUCUGUUCCCGGUUGAUAUGAUUGAUAUGAUAUGAAAAAUGAUUGUGUUGUAAAGUUGCAAUUCAGUUACUUUACUUUAGGAACUUUUCUUUUAUAAAUAAUUAUUUUUUUUUACAAUUUUCUCAGUAUAAAAACAAUAGCUUACUAUUGAUAGUUUGGAGGCAUCGUUGAAUGUUAGUAGCUUAUAGCAACAUGACUCAGGAUUUGUUUGUGUUUUCAAAGAGUUUCCAGGAAAGGUUGGAUGAAUACAACUGUAUUUUAACUAGUGAUUUGAAAGCAGAUGAUGUGAAAAGGGAAUGGAGCAAUUUUUUGGAAUUUCUUAUUGAACCAGCAGGUUGGAGAGCGAUUUGGAAGAUCUCUCACGAUGUGUGUACUAGUUUGAAGAUCAACUUUCCAUCUACUGUGGUUGUGACUGUUGAUCUUAUUAACUUUAAAGAAUUGUCGUGUACUGUCCAAAUCAAUGAAGUUGAAGAUGGAGUUGCUAGCCUUCCUCUAAGGAUGACUGAUAUUCCUUUGAUAGAAUUAUAUCCGACAAUUGAACAAGAUAACAAUAUCGUGCUGGUAAAACUUGUCGACACAGCCAAGGCUAUUGAUAGCCUCAGAUUUUUCUACAACCACUUGUGGAUGCCUUGGGAUGAGGAUUAUGAUGAUUCCGAGUCAUGGGUCACGUCUCACUUGGAGGGAAGACUCUACUUACAGUAUGAGUUGAUGGAACGUAAGGUUCCUAACGAGGUGGCUUACAAUGUGUGCAAACUGAUCUCCAAGGGGCGCAACGUCCUCAAAGAGAUAGAAGACAUUCAGGAGCAAUUGUCGGAUGAAUCGGAAGGCUUCCCUACAAAGCUACUAGCACUGACUGAACUACACAAUCAGAUGACUCAUAUGCAAACCCAGUUUGGUGUCUUUGAAAAACCUGAGUUGCUAAAGGCUUACAUUCAGCGUGCUCUGGUCAAUGAGAAAACCCGUUGGGAAAAUGAAAACGGUGACUCUGUUGUUUAUUUGGUUCUGGAAUCAAGUACUCCCGAACAACUCAUCAGGAUAGCAAAGAUGACUUCAGAAUUCAAAAUAGUGAGGAUGUUCCAACUAUUACAAGAAGCUCUGCUAAAGACUCCAGCUGAUGCCUCAGUAUGGGUUGGGCAAGGAGAACAUCCCGUCGAAGAACUAGGGAACUUUGGGGAUGGCGGGUCCAUCAAAGGUGUGGAACCAGGAGCUGUCCUAACAGAAACUCCAGAAAAUCCAAAGUUUUUGAAUUUGCUAACCGGAUGUCUUAGACUUACGAACCUCACAGUCCGAAUGAAUUAUGUGUGGAACAUCUUAAAGGUGCGUCCUGGGACUGAGUGUAUUCUACAGGACGUGACAGUAGAAGGAGCCUCAGUAACAGACGCUGUGGAUGUGUUUCCUGGAGGGAAGUUGGUAGCAAACAACUGUCACUUUCGUAACUGUCGCAUCGCCAUUGUGUGCGACACUAACUCCACAAUAGCGCUGAGUAACUGCACGUUCAACGGCAAUCGGGUCGCUAUUGAGAUAAAGGGAGGCUGCUCUUUCACAAUGGAAAACUGUUCCAUAUCAGAUUCAAAAGAUUAUGGCAUCAAUGUAAAAGUCAGCAGCCUAGGAACCGAGCAUUCUUUGGAUUCCAUUAACAGCGUUGACGGCCUUGAAGAAUCUGGUACUACGUUCAUGAACAACGUAAAGGAUCGCCACUUUGAUUAUGAGAAGCUUGAGGAUGAUCUCAAUUCUGAUUGUGAAAUGCUCUCUGCUUCAAGAUAGAUUCAUCUUUCCACAAAGUUCUGUGUUGAUAUUCUUUAAAGAUAGAUGUAAAAAAAAACUACAUUCUCACUCUAUCGUUGCAGAAAAAGUUGUAUGUUAAAUUUCUAAAAUAAAUUUAAAACCAACUAUAUUCUCGCUUAGAAAUACUAUUUUUGUUAUCACUUUAAAUGUUUAUCCCCUUUCAUUGUAGAAUGUA